ACGACGAAAAAACGGGAGAAAAAAAGAUUAAAAAGGGCGUCGGAAAAAUACAAUUUAGCCGGAGAAGGGAGAGACGUUACGGUGCCAGUGGCGCGCACGGCAAGCCCAGCUCCGGCGAGGACGCAGAGCCGGCAGCGCCGCACGUCUCCUCCCUAUUUAGAGCCUCGCCGGCGCUCGCGUGGGGGCGGCACGGGUUGACGCGAAUCGGAAUCUGAGUCGGGUGGGGGUGGAGGUGAGGGUGGGGGGAGAAAUGCCGACUCCGGCCGCGCUUCUGCUCACCGCGGCCACGGGCUCCGCGGCGCUGUUGCUGAGCGUAGCGGCGGCGCCCAGGAAGCCGUCGCUGUUGGUCGUGAGGAGGGCGCCGAGGCGGCUGAGGCCCGCGAGAAUCCGCGCGGCGGCGGCGAUCGGGGGAGAGUUCGGCGGGCUCGCCCAGCGCCGCGUCGUCGCCGGGGAGUUCAUCGAGCGGCUGCGGAACGUGCUGCCCGGGGGAAGCUGGUGGCGCCUCGAGGACGGCGAGGAGGCCGGGGGCGGGGGCGGCCGCGCCGAGGCGAGCGGCGCGACGGCCGCCUCCGCGCUCAGGCGGAUGUGGGCGCUCGUCGCCGCCGACCGCUGGGUUGUCUUCGUCGGAUUCGCGUCCCUCAUCGGCGCUGCGCUCGCGGAGAUCGCUAUACCCCAUCUGCUUGCGGCGUCCAUCUUCUCUGCGCAGAACGGAGGGGCGGUGUUCUACCGGAACGCCAAGCUUCUGGUUGUUUUGUGUUUGAUUUCCGGAGUGUUUAGUGGUGUGCGAAGCUGCUGUUUUGGUGUUGCAAACAUGAUAUUGGUCAAACGAAUGAGAGAAAUGUUGUUUGAUUCUAUUCUUUCUCAGGAUAUUGCUUUUUUUGAUGAAGAAACUGUUGGUGAUUUGACAAGUAGGCUUGGUUCUGACUGUCAACAAGUGUCCCGAGUCAUUGGCAAUGAUCUUAAUCUAAUCUCACGCAAUUUGCUUCAGGGUGUAGGUGCAUUAAUUUAUCUGCUGGUAUUAUCUUGGCCGCUUGGAAUGUGUACUAUGUUGAUUUGUGCGACAUUGUCAACGAUUAUGCUUGUUCAUGGACGGUAUCAGAAAAGAGCAGCCAAAUUUGUACAGGAGUUCACUGCAAGUGCCAACAAUGUUGCUCAAGAGGUGAUAAGUUUGGUUAGGACAGUACGGGUAUAUGGAACAGAAAAGCAGGAGUUCAAAAGGUAUGCAAAGUGGCUAGACAAGCUAUAUGAUGUAAGCUUUCGGCAAACAAUGGCUUAUGGAGGCUGGAGUUUGAGUUUGAACUAUCUAUACCAUUCUACUCAGGUCAUUGCAGUUUUGAUUGGAGGAAUAUCCAUCAUGGCUGGGAAGCUAAAUGCUGAGCAGCUGACAAAAUUCAUACUGUAUGCUGAGUGGUUAAUUUUGUCAACAUGGUGGAUUGGAGACAACUGGUCCUCUCUGAUGCAGUCUGUUGGAGCAAGUGAAAAGGUCUUCCGUUUGAUGGAUCUCCUUCCUAGCAGACAACUUAGUUCUGAAGGCCGCAGGUUACAGAAGUUGGAAGGUCAGAUUCAGUAUGCCAAUGUGUCAUUUUCAUAUCCAUCAAGACCUACGGUACCAAUUCUGGGUAGACUGAAUCUAACACUUCAUCCAAAUGAAGUAGUUGCAAUUGUUGGUCUUAGCGGAAGCGGCAAGAGUACUGUAGUGAACCUACUACUUCGACUAUAUGAACCUACAGAUGGGCAAAUAUUAGUUGAUGAUGUCCUACUCAGUGAGCUUGACAUCAGAUGGUUCAGGGAAAGAAUUGGUUUUGUCGGACAGGAACCUAGGUUAUUUCGAAUGGAUAUUAGUUCUAAUAUUAGGUACGGUUGUCCAAGAGAAGUUAGCCAGGAAGAAGUGGAAUGUGCUGCAAAACAGGCGUAUGCUCACGAUUUCAUUAUGUCUCUCCCCGAUGGUUAUAACACCAUCGUCGAUGAUGCUCUUCUUAGUGGAGGCCAAAAGCAACGCGUGGCUAUUGCGAGGGCCCUUCUUAGGGAUCCAUCCAUCUUGGUAUUAGAUGAAGCCACUAGUGCACUUGAUGCUGAGAGUGAGCAUUAUGUGAAGAGUGUUAUCACAAAGUUUAGUACUGAUCCUAAGGCUAGAAGAACCGUGAUCAUCAUAGCUCACAGGCUAUCUACAAUCCAAGCGGCCGAUAGAAUUAUCGUGAUGGAAAAUGGUAAUAUUGUGGAGGAUGGGAAACACAGUGAGCUUAUUAAGCAAGAUGGUUUAUAUUCAAGAUUAGCCAAGCGACAAAAUGACGCUCUCGACUAGCCCUGAAUUCACAGAAAUUGGUUUACUCCACACCAGUUUUUUCAAGUGGAACGGCAGGCGAGGAGAGUUGAUUGUAAUCGGUGGUGUAUCCUUUGCUAGUGAACCUGGCCGUGGGGGACAUACAGUUAAGCUGGAUCAAGCUCAAGUGUCCAGCUCUAAUAGUUUAUAGAUAACUAAAUUAAACUAAAACAUGAUUUUCCCAACACAAAACGGGUCGGCAGUAUUGAGGAUCCAGAAUCCUAAUGAUUCUUUACAGAAGUCAAAUAGUCACAUUUUAUCAGGCGCAACCUGUAAUUACAAAUGUAUAGGCAUUCUGAUCAGAGUUAGACCAUCGGAAACCCUGUAACUUAUAUACUUUACAUGUAAAGUUUACUCAAGUUUUGACAAUUCGCACAAGUGAAUUAUACCGUAUACUUCAUUUUGCAAAUUGUACGGAUGA